CUAGUCGCCCGCAUCUGGCGAUCAUAACGAAAAAAAAAAAGGAAGGGAAAAUUCAAACAGAAGUAAAUAUUGUAAAGAACACAAAAUUAUCUCCUAGUUUAAACAGGGGAAGCGACGAUUCUUUGAAACGGUCAGAAAACUAGAUCAAAAAUGAGCGUUGCUCGGUGGCAAGAAUAAUAACUUUGAAAGGGAACCCGAGUUGGUAAAUACAAAGGACUACGAACAUGAAGAUUACCAAAGCCUUGAUAGUGCUAAUUGCGGCCAAUUUCCUACAAGGUCUUCCAGUGGACCGAGAACUGUUACGAGUCAAAAGAAAAGGAGAGGGAGAGAUAGACAACAACGAAGAGAUCUUCCACAAAGUGCGGAGAUCACAAGACGACAUAGAAGCUGAAAUAAGACGUAAAAGACGAUUCUUUGCCCCAGAUACACCGCUACAAAAGACUGCAGAAAUUUACAAAACAAAAAUGGAAGCAAGAUCAUCACGUUCAUCCCGCGAGGAUAGGGAUAUUACCGCAAAACGACCCGAGAGAUUUCGUCACCGAAUUAGGAAAAGAAGUCAAGACGGAAGUGUCAUACUCCGAGGUGACACUUCCGGUUCCGGUGCUUUACCAGGAUCGGGUUCUUCCGGUGCAGGGUUAUGGAUGGGACCACUAUUAGAGAAAAAGCGGAACGAUAAACGAAGCGCGGGUUCAAACUCGCUGGAUAACCUAAUAGCUACGUUGCGAGCGAUCAGUUCUCUAACUCCUGAUGAAGAUGACAAUUCGGUGGAAGAGGUCAAAUCUUCUGGUUCAGGUUUGUGGCUCACGCCUGAAAGUGCAGGAGAUGACAAAUUGCCACAGUUUUUUCGGGAAGAGGCAAACUCUGGUAGCGGUGAAAACCCCGAGAAAGCUUUAAGGCUGUUGAGCGAAACAGCGCAGAGAGAACUAAAACAAAAAACAAAUGAAAUUGGCAGUGGUGUAGAGCAGAUUUUGCCGAAUGAUGACAGAAAAGAAAGGAAGGAACAAAAUGGCGAAAGACUCAUUAGAAGAGAAUUAGAGACCGACACACUUGCAGAUGAUUUAAUUGCUGCCAGUGAGAAUGAAAAUGAAAGAGGAGACUCUGAACAGGAGAAUGAACUGGCCUCAGGAUCUGCAGAUGAUUGGCAGGAAAUCGAAGACAAGAUUUCAGAACAACCAGAUGAAAAGGCUACGCGAUCGCUAACAGAAGCCUUACUUCCUGAUGCAUUUUACCGCACAAAGAGAUCAUCUCAAGAAAACGCGUUUCUGGUGUCAGACAACAGUCUCGGUAAAAACGAUGCCCUUGUUAGCGAUAGUCUUGUGGCGCGGUUUUACCGCGAUCAAGACGCACCAUCCGAUGACGUCACAGAAACGUCAGUGACAUCCCUUCCUAGCGAGACCAAGUCCCUUUCUAGCCCCGCAGACCAACAAAAACCUGUAAAACGAGAACUGGACAAUUAUAACUUUAGAGACUUCUCAGAGCCAAGAGUUGUGUACACAAGGGAAAUUAGAGAAGCUCGAGAACCUAUCAUAGAAAGACCAGCCGUUUACUCGCAGAUUGAAGACGAGAAUGACAUGGAAUCCAGCUUUGGGGGCGAGGACGACGACGAAGACGACGAGCCAACUUUAACAAUUCAUGAAAGAGAGAUUAGAGAAGACGGAUACGUCGGCUGCUACGAAGACAAGUCUCCAGACCGAGAUCUUCCUUCUAUAGUCUCGGUCCCUAAACUGACUCCAGACUCGUGCCGCAGUGCAUGCCGGACAGCAGGUCAUGCGUAUGCUGGAGUGCAGUAUGGGUAUCUGUGUAGGUGUGGUGACUCAUACGGGAAGUACACUAAGGUUUCAGACGAAGAAUGUAAUACUCACUGUACUGGAGAUCAUGCUCAGAAAUGUGGAGGAUUCUGGAGAAGUGCAAUAUUCACGACUGCCGGAGCAAUGGAACCCACAAAACGCGGAAACUUCUUCCACAUUGAGAGUGUUCAGCCCAUGACAGAGGAAGAUCUCUAUGACAUUCCUCGCAGCGACAUCGCUUCAGGUGGUGAAGCAGAAGCGGGGGAACAUCCGCAACCAGAAAUCGCAGAAACCUCUCAUAUAACAGCUUCAGAAUCCCCUUCAACCGAAGCAACGGCAGCUGAAGUGGUAACUACUCCACUUGAGUCGUCUGGGGAUCACGUGCAGGAGAUACACAGAGAAUCAUCCCUCCAAGAAUCUCCUAUGCAACCACUUUCUGCAGAGACAGCCGAGGAGGACAUUUCUAUUACUGCUCAUGCAUCAGGCGAAGGGCAUCCAUAUGAGACAGCAGACUCUUCCUCUUCGCUUGCUCCAGUGUCUAAGUCUGCAGGUGAGCCCAAUUCUGCACAUGUUGCAGAUAUCUCACCUGCGCCCGCAAUUUCUGAAGCUCCUCCUCAAGCCUCCACCCAAUCUGAACCCAAAGUAUCCUCAGAUUCGCCAACAAUAACCACUCAACCCGUACCGAGCGUGGUCCGUCCUCAGCACGACGAAACGCCACAGGGUACUCAUGGGAGUCGACUGAUUUACUUGCAUCAGCAACAAGACAUUUUGUCAAAACCAACCCCAAAAACUAUUAUGGCAGUGGCUCCAGGAAAGCUGAGGGAGGGAACUGUAGCCUACACGGGGACAUUAAAGCUGAAACAAAGCUGGCUGGAUCAGUUUGAAGACGCGAACAGCGCUGAGUCAAAAAUAUUAACAGGAAAUAUCGAGCAAGCGUUUAACCGUGUGUUCAAGAAUGAGCCAAAAUUUGUCAAGGUCGACGUUGUGGGAUUUAGGGAAGGCCUAGUGAAGCACAACCCGAACACCAUACGCAAGGUGAUUGCACCGUUCAUUUUGACGUUCAAGAACGGCGUUCAAGGAAUCGAGGAAAAGCUAAAGAACAUGGUACAGAAUGCGGGGAGACUUGAUGAUAUGCCUGUGUAUAAACACUCACUUCAAUUGUCAGAAUAUGGUCAUUCCCCAGCUGUCGAAAAAGCACCGGAAACCAUAGACAAGACGAGCAAAGUGGACCUCGUUGAGGAGGACAAGAAGCGAAGUGCUGUCAAUAUUCCAAAGAAACCAUACACAUUACAGCUUUUUCUAAUGAAAGACUUCUUCGGAAAGAAGAAGAGGAACUCACAAGUGUUUAAGGAAUAAAGAGACUACAGGAGUGAAUUGAAAAAGAUCUACAAUGGCCACUAUUUAUCUUAGAAUACGUUACUCUGAACAGUGAAUAAUCAGUUUAAACUGUUACUGCUGGUCAAACCAGUAUAGCGUUAUUGGUAGUAAAGCACACCUAAAAUGAUCUGAGUUUGGCAUAUUUAAUCAAUGACAACUUUUCUAAAUGGCACGAUUCAUUUGGUCAACCUAAAGCACACUUAUUAAUUAAAUAAUCUUUAGUAGAAAAAAAUCAAAAGAUAUUACAAUUUAACGUGCAGUUUUCCGAGUUUCAAAGAUCCGUUUAAUGCCCCUGGCGUUUUGUUGCAGAAUGAAAAAGUGAUGGAGGUCUGGGUACGGUGCGAUAAGAGCGGCAGACUAAAAACGAUAGAGGCUUGGGUCGAGUCGCGUUGUGCAAACCUGAAUUUUUUGUAACUACUUCUAGGUUCAGCCCAAAUCAUUUGUAACAAGCUUUAUUAUGCGCUUUUCGUGCUGUAAAAUUUGAUUAUCUGACAGGAAGUGGCUAAGAAAAGUGCUGCAACUAUAGAGUACAAGAUGAGAAGUUGCAUGCUCUUUUUGUUACAUAAAUUACAUAUAAUCAAAUAUCGUAAUGGUAAUUACGGAGGCCUUUAAGAAUUCGUCUUGUUGCUUUCAUGUACGUCAUUUAAUUUUCUAGUAAUCCAGAAAAAACGUAAAUAAAAAUGUAUUUUUCCCAGCAAAAGUCGUGUGGUUUCCUCCCUAAUGAAGGCACGUGUUUUGUAAGGUCAAAAAUUGACACAGGAAAAGUACCGAGUUCUUUGGAUAAAGACCGCCGCUGUUGCCAGCCAGAUUAGGGCUUCGGGACGAGCUUUUCUUUGCCCGCGGGAAAUUAUUAGGCCCAAUAAGCAGUGAGCCGGUGGGAGAUAAUUAGUGCCACACCCAGCCAAACUCCUCCAAACUCGUCUCCAAAGUUCCCGAGGAUGAAAAAAGGGCGCAUCCUGAAGCGCUACUAUUGAGGCCUGCUCCAUUAUUGCCAACCGCUGCCCCAAAGCCGCUGGAAAUGUAUUAAGAGUUAGUGUACUGUAUUACAGUCCAAUUGAGUUUGACUAUAGCCCUGGCUCAGAUAUUUAGAGAUAAGAAACCUAAACAGUGCUUCUUACCAUUAACAUCUGGAGUAGAUACUGAGAACAGUUAGUGAAACUUCUUAAAAUGUUUCUGACUGCCUUAUUAUUUGAUUUAAAUUCUUCACCUUCUCAAAGGGAUAAGAUACAUAGUGAAGAUAAAUUUUAACUUGGUUAAUGCUUUGAAUUGCUUUAAAUUGUUGAUUGUUAAAAGUAAUUAGGUUGAUCAUUUUAGUCUUUUUGGUGUAUGAUUGGAUCCAACAACUGGCCACGGUCUUGACUAACCCUUGUACUCCCAGAAGUGAUUAACAUGUAACUUCUCCCUAUAAUAUCCAUGCAUUAUCCAGCAAACAGGUAAGGAGAAUACUCAAUCUUAUCAACUAGAAGUUGUAAUACUGAUCCAACACCAAAUUCUCAGAAUGAAUUUACAAACAAAUGUAUAGCAGCUAGAGGGGAGAAUGAACAAUCAGAUCCUGGCAGUUAAAUGUUUAGCUUAUCAUCACUAGAUCAUUUGCAGUUUUUUUUCCUGAUGCUUUUUACAUGUAAAUACACUGACUUCUUGUUGGCUCAUGUAGUCAUCUUUGCUUUAAUUGGAUGUUAUUAUUAAUUCAGCCUCACAAAGUAUAUACAAGGAUAUUCUAAUAUUUAAAGGUAUCUUAUUUUUUUCCUGGUUGGUUAGUUUAAUUCUAAAAAUUGGAGUCCCACAGGGUUCCCUGGUGGGAGCUAGGCUUUUGGAAAUUUGCAGCGGAACUUGGCUUUAUGAUCUUUAUAUUAAAAAGCAUCAUACAACUUAAAGUGCAAACCAUUUGCCUUCAGUGUAUCUGAAGUUUCCAGUUAAUGUUUUUUUGGUUCUGUGUAAAUGGUGUACAUCCUGGGUAAUUACAGCUUGCUUCUUAAAACUGUGUGGCAAUGACAAAGCAGUAUUGAAACUGAAGCGGUUCUCUUAUUUUGUUCAGGUUUGUUUCGAUCUUCAAGUAAUAUUUGUAAAUAAACUUGUUACAAUCAGUGAAAUUACAGUGGAACUUGUCUUCAGCGGUCAUCCUGUAUUAAGCAGUUAAUUGUCAAACCCUAUUAAACGGUCACCUUUAUUUAGCAUUCACCUCGCCUUUAUUAAACGGUCGCCUUUAUUAAGGGGUCGCCUCUAUUAAGCGGUCACCUCUAGAAACGACCAAAACAAUAUCUGGUAUCUUGUGUCUAAAAUGUCAUGUGCAAAAUUUAUAGCCUAAAUACACAGAAAUAUCAAGAAUCAAGUACAGUUGCGUUAAAAGAAAAAAAAAAAACA